CUAUUUAGGGGAAACUUUUCAAGGAGCAAUGGCGCCAUGGCUCCUAAAUGGAAUAGUGGCUUUGCCUUUCCUCCUCCUUUGCCUGAUGUCAGGCCAGCACCUCUCAGCAGCCCAGGAUCAGUUCAGGAGGAGAAUAGGGCGGGCAGAUCACCCCUCAACUGCCAUCCCAGUUGCUUGUCAGCUUAGUGAGUGGUCAGCAUGGACUGAAUGCUUUCCUUGCCUGGGUAAAAAGUAUCGACACAGAAAUCUCGUACAACCAUCCAAGUUUGAGGGAACCAUGUGUGGUGGUGACCUUUGGGAUGAGGCAGCCUGCACCAGCCCGGAGGCCUGUAUAAAACAAACCCAGUGUGGCCAUGAUUUCCAGUGUAAGGAAUCAGGUCGUUGCAUCAAGCGGCGCCUUCUAUGCAAUGGAGAUCGAGAUUGUAAUGAUGCAUCUGAUGAGGAAGACUGUGAAGAUGCUGGGAUCCUUAAAAAUGAUUGCCUGGAAUUCAACCCUAUCCCUGGAUCAGAAAUGGCAGCCCAGGGGUUUAACAUUCUGACGCACGAAGAAAAGAUGAAUGUAUAUGACCCUACUUACUUUGGGGGAUGGUGUGAACGCAUCUACAACGGAGACUGGAAAUCCCUCAGAUAUGAUGCUGUCUGUGAGAAUCUUGAUUAUGAUGAGAAGUAUUUCCGUAGACCGUACAACUUCAUUAAGUACCAAUUUGAGACCCAGGCACAAUAUGAUUUCCAUUCACAUUUUUAUAGUCAUGUUGAAGAGCUAACCACAGGCAUACAUAAGGAAGAAUUCAGUUCUACUAAACUCUCCAUUGGAAUCCCCAUCUACUCUGUAAUCCUUGGUUUGGGAUUCUCCUGGGCAUCUGGAAAAGGCUCCCUGAAGAACCUGACCCAGUAUACAUCAAAGGAAUAUGGCUUCAUCCGCACCUAUACCAAAGCCCAGACAGCUCACUUCAGGAUGAGAAGAGAUGACAUCGUCCUGGAUGAAGAUAUACUUCAGGCGAUUGCUGAGCUCCCUGACCAGUAUGAUUAUGGCAUGUACUCCAAGUUUAUCAAUGACUAUGGCACCCACUACAUCACCUCUGGAGCCAUGGGAGGCAUUGCUGAAUUUAUUUUAGUCAUCGACAAGGAAGUCAUGAGAGCAAAAAAGGUUACCGAUGAAGCUAUAAGUUCCUGUUUUGGAGCAUCCCUGGGCAUCCAAUAUAAGAUUGUUCAAGGUCAAUUGAUGGGCGCAAAGUGUAAGAAAGAUGGAGCUGGAUCCUUUGAUGAGUCUUUGAAAGGCAUGGGUGUUAGGGAUAUUAUAUCACGCGUGCGCGGUGGGAUUCUUGGACCAAACUCUGGCCUUUCCAACAGCUGGACAGCUGAGACAUAUCUUUCCUGGGGGAGGUCGUUAAAGGAUAAUCCUGCUGUUAUUGAUUUUGAGCUCCUGCCCAUCUUUGCCAUAUUCCGCCAAAGCAACCUGGGCCACCAUGAACGUAAAUGGCAGAACAUGAGACGGGCACUGGAUGAGUAUCUGACAGAGCACGAUUCUUGCCGCUGUGGUCCCUGCCUCAACAAUGGUGAGCCCAUUCUCAAGGGCACCACCUGCCAAUGCCAGUGUCCUGAGGGCCGAUCUGGCUUUGCCUGUGAGAGAAUGGAACAACAAGGAAGCCCAGCUGCUGGCCACUGGAAUUGCUGGAGUUCCUGGUCGGCCUGCCAGGCAGGCAUCAAGGAGAGGUCAAGAAGCUGCAGCAACCCAGCGCCCCAAAAUGGAGGAGCCUCGUGCCAAGGAGCCAGCACCGAGAGACUGGAGUGCUGAGGGCCUCAAAGAGGGCCUUAGCUUAACCUCUUGUUUGUCCAGAAUGCCGAGUGUGGCCACCUCUCUCCACUGCCCCCAUGCCUAAUUAGCAAAAAUAAUAAUACAAUAAACUCAACAAGCCUUGAA